UGUGUGUGUGUGUGUGUGUAUUUCAUAUUUAUUCAUUAUUUACCAUUUUGUAUUCCAUUGUAUUUAUUUGUAUUUCUUGAUAAAUAUACGUAUCUUGAAUAUACAUGUAUAUUUACCUAGUUACAGAGCUUCAAGAUAUAUAAAGUAAAAGCUAAUAGAACUAAACAGAGGAAUAGGCAAAUUCACAAUUAUAGCUGGAGAUUUCAAAAUCUCUGUCUCAGUAAUUGAUAGCAUAGUAAACAGAAAAUCAGUUAGGACACAGGACAGGGGUUUAUAUUUCCUGUGAUCUAAGACUGAUUUUUACAUUUUUAAAUUGUGAAAAAAUAAAACAAAGAACAAUAUUCUGAGAUACCUGAAGCUUAUAGGAGGUACUAAUUUUGAUGUUUAUUCAUAAAACUUUAUUUGAAUGGAGGCACACUCUUUUAUUUCUGUCCAUAUGGCUGCUUUCAUGCUACCACUGUAGAGGUGAAUAGAUGCAGCAGAGAUUGUAUGACUCACAAAGCCUAAAUUAUUUAUGUAGCCCUUUAAGAAAAAGUUUGUAGAUCUCCUAAUAUAGAUGUUUUCAACACUAACAACCAACUGAUUUUAAUUGACAGUGGAGUACUUUCUGCAACACCAUCAGAAUAUGCUUUUUUGGAAGUUCACAUGACAUAAUCACCAAGAUAGGCUAUAUGUGCAUCCUAAAACAAGUCUCAAAGUGAAUGCAUUAAAAUUAUUUAUAGUUCUCUUUAAAAUUAUAUUAGAAAUCAAAAACGCAUAAUCCUCAAGUAUAUGGGGGAAAAUUUUCCAGUUAUUUAUUUAAAAAUUAACAUUUAACCCAUGAAUCAGAUAAGUCACAAGGGAAAUUAGAAAAUAUUUUGAGGUGAAUUAAAACAAAAACACAGUUUACUAAACUUUGAAGGGUUCAGCUAGAACUGUUUUUAGAAGUAGGAAUUUACAGCUUUGUUUACAUUAGAAAAGUGUAAAGUAAAUCAUCUAAGCUUCUAAGCAUAGUAUAAGAAAAACAAGUUAAACCUCCAGGUUUAAAGGAAGAAAAUAUUAAAUAUAGGAGCAUAAAUUAAGGACAUAGAAAACAGAGAAAAAUUAAUGAAACCAAUAGUUGUUUUUGUAUAGGUCAAUAAAAUUGAUAAACCUCUAGGUAAGACCAAAAAAUGAGAGAAGACAGAAAUUACUAACAUCUGUUGGUAAUUUGUUUAAACCCCACCCCCAUUGUGAUGGUAUGUGGAGAUGGGGCCUUGGGAGUUGGGCCCAUUGUGGGGCCUUCACAAUGGGAUUAGUGUCCUAUCAGAAGAGAUAUUAGAGAGCUUGCUCUUGCCUCCACCUCUGCUAUGUGAGGACACUGAAAAGCUAAUGGGAAUGACAACAAGAAAUUUAAAGGAGAUAGACCUCCCUGUUCGCCUUCUCGUGUUCUCCAUCUUCGCAAAAUUCCAAGUGAUGUCACCGAAGCAGAGGUCAUAUCAUUAGGUCUACCAUUUGGCAAAGUAACUAAUCUUUUGAUGUUGAAAGGAAAGAGCCAGGCUUUCUUAGAAAUGGCUUCUGAGGAAGCUGCUGUUACUAUGGUGAAUUACUACACUCCUGUUACUCCUCACCUUCGAAGCCAGCCUGUUUUUAUUCAGUAUUCCAAUCACAGAGAACUUAAGACUGACAAUCUACCUAAUCAAGCUAGAGCCCAAGCUGCACUGCAGGCUGUCAGCGCUGUCCAGUCAGGAAGCCUGGCCCUUCCUGGAGCUCCUACCAAUGAAGGCACAGUCAUACCUGGGCAGAGCCCUGUGCUCCGAAUAAUUAUUGAAAACCUCUUUUACCCUGUUACUCUGGAAGUUCUUCAUCAGAUAUUUUCUAAAUUUGGCACAGUCUUGAAGAUUAUCACCUUUACAAAGAAUAAUCAGUUUCAAGCCUUGCUUCAGUAUGCUGACCCAGUGAAUGCACAUUAUGCCAAAAUGGCUCUGGAUGGCCAGAAUAUCUAUAAUGCAUGCUGCACUCUGCGUAUUGACUUCUCCAAGCUCACCAGCCUUAAUGUGAAAUAUAAUAAUGACAAAAGCAGAGACUUCACUCGUUUAGACCUUCCUACUGGUGAUGGCCAGCCAUCCCUUGAACCCCCUAUGGCUGCUGCUUUUGGUGCACCAGGUAUAAUUUCUUCACCAUAUGCAGGGGCUGCUGGAUUUGCCCCAGCCAUUGGAUUCCAUCAAGCUACAGGUAUAUCAGUCCCAGCUGUUCCUGGAGCUCUGGGCCCUCUCACAAUCACCUCUUCUGCUGUCACUGGAAGGAUGGCCAUUCCUGGGACUAGUGGUGUACCAGGAAAUUCUGUUCUGCUUGUCACCAAUCUCAAUCCGGAUCUUAUCACACCACAUGGGCUUUUUAUCCUCUUUGGAGUAUAUGGUGAUGUACAUCGAGUGAAGAUUAUGUUUAAUAAGAAAGAAAAUGCCUUGGUUCAGAUGGCAGAUGCAAGUCAAGCUCAGCUAGCCAUGAACCACCUGAGUGGGCAGAGACUUUACGGAAAAGUGCUUCGUGCUACACUGUCCAAACAUCAGGCAGUUCAGCUUCCCCGAGAGGGACAAGAAGACCAAGGUCUGACUAAGGAUUUUAGCAAUAGUCCUUUGCAUCGCUUUAAAAAACCUGGCUCUAAAAACUUCCAGAAUAUUUUUCCACCAUCAGCCACUCUGCAUCUUUCCAACAUCCCCCCUUCUGUUACAGUGGAUGAUCUGAAGAACCUUUUCACAGAAGCUGGGUGUUCAGUGAAGGCUUUUAAAUUCUUUCAGAAAGAUCGCAAAAUGGCACUCAUUCAGUUGGGAUCUGUGGAAGAAGCAAUCCAGGCCCUCAUUGAACUUCAUAACCAUGACCUUGGAGAAAAUCAUCACCUCAGAGUUUCCUUCUCAAAAUCUACAAUCUGAUUUUUCUGUGAAUUUUUCUCCUAAGACUGGACCAUAAUUUCAGUAAAACCUUCAGACAUAGACUGAAGCAACUCAAGACCAAUUCUGCCUCUUUCACAAAAAUAACUCUGAGUUUGAUAUCCAAGUAUAUUCAGAAAAUUAAGGGACGUUCUUUUUUUCCAUUUUUCCCCCUUGCCAGUAUGUGAUCAAAGGUUCGUUUUUUCCUUUGUACCUUAGUGUCUAUGAAAAUAACCUUCAGGAAAAAAAAAAAAAAUCAGGAAAAGAAUUUUUUUAAUAAUUUAAUUCCCUGUAUUAAAUUGGAUUUCAAGAGGACAGUCUUUCUUUUAGUUUGGGUCCAGAUCAGCCUUAUACAACAUUUCUAAACUCCUUUGUACUUUGGAAAAAUUUAAACAUACAGGCUUUUAAAAUUACAACAAAGUUUUUAACUUUAUGAUUCAGAAGUUCGACCCCUAUAGGAAAUUAUGUUCACUUCUAAAUUAUAUCGGUUGUUAGGCAUAUAUUGAUAGGUAUUAUACAUAAACAAAUUGGGUUGUAUUGGAAGAAAAUUUAUAAACUUGCACAUUUUCUUUCAAUUGUUUCUUUUUUUCACUGUAAGACACUCCUUUAAAGAAUACGUAUCUUUAAUUUUUUAAGACUAUUUGGAGAAAUGAAGUGUCUCAGUUGUCCCCAAAGGAAAUUAAGUGGAAUCCAAGAUCUGUUAAGGUGUCAAAAGAAAUAGUAAUUUUAUGAGGAAAAAUCAUGGUUUAAUUUUCAAAAUGAUACUAUUUGCCGAGUAAUAUGAUCUUCGAAAAUUUAAAAAGAAAAAUAAUCCUACUUAUAAACUACUUUUUUAUAAUUGUUUUCAGAAAAAAAAGUUUACAAGGAAAAUAUUCAGGUCUAUCAUAUGGUUUGACAGAUUUUUUAAAAGUUAUUUUUGGUAAGGUCUUCUUUUAGAAAAAAAUUAAUCUCAAGGGUUUUUUGUACCACUAUAAUCUCUAAUACUUAUUCAGAAUUACUGUGUAUUUACUUAAUUUCUUAUUAUGUGCCUUAUUAUGUGCUUAUGAUACAAUAGGUUAGAAUUUUAUCUAAGUAUCUUGAAAGCUAUAUUGUGGGCUUGGUGAGCAUUUUGUUUUUUCUUUCCCUGUUUUGGUAAGGAUUUUAAAGUUUUUUCAUUGCAAUUUUAAGUGGUUUUCAAUAAGUAAUAGUUUUUAUUCAAAUUUUUGGUGCUUUGGUGCAGAGAUGGGGUGGGGAAGGGUGAAUGGUUUGGGGAAUAACUCAGUUGCACACCUGUAGGCCUCUUCACUUUGUGACCAAUAGCGGUCAUUGCCAGUUAUAGCAUACCAGUUUGGGACUAUAAAAUAUAAUUUCAGUUUCUGAAUCUUGUCUAACCUUUAUCACCCAUUAGAAUUUGUCUCAGGAUUACUUGGUUUUUCUCAGUACAGUGCGAUGCUUUUCUUUGUUAAUGUAACUUUAUUACUAAGUGUCCACAUUAUAUGGGGUAUGAGAAGGUGGGUCCUUUCUCAUACUCUGUCCCUUUCUCUUUUUGGUUGAGUGUAAGAAUGCAUUUUGAUGUUACUUCAGUGAUUCUAUAAUGUAAAAUUAUUUCUUUUUAAUAAGAAACUUUGCAUUUGUUCAUUAUUUUUUCAAUGCUUGAUUAGAUUUUUUUAAAGCAGAAUUUGUCAUAGGGGUCAUUUUUGUCCAUCCCUUUUACACUUUUCAGAUUCUCAGAGUAGCUCAUCUCACCUUUAAAAAGAAUAUCUCAACUUCUUUACUAUAUUGCAGCCAUUAAUUCGAAUGUUGGAAGAUUUUUACAAAAGAAAUUUUACAGAAAAUUGGAGACUACAAAAGAUACUAUAGGUUAUAAAAAACAAUUCACUUCACACUGAGGAGCAGGUAUGUGAUAGACUAGGAAGGAGGCCACUGAAUUGAGAUUCAUUUCAAAUGAAUCCAUUUUAGCAUUGGCUGAAUAGAUAGUAAUAAUUAGCUAUAUAGUUUUUAUUUGUUUCACUUUACAAAAUGUGUGUUUACACAUUUUUACCCCUCUGGUGAGAGGGGAGAGGAAAAAAAACAACUUUUUUUUUUUGAGAAAUCUCCCCAAAUUUGCUUCUUUUUUCCUUCCAUACAGGCACUGUUAUAAUUUCCAGUGUCACAUUUAUUGGAUUAUUUUGUUUGCUUUGAGUUAGGAAUUACUGUGUAAUUUUAAUUCAUGAUUCUCAUAACAUUUAGUGUCAGUGUAGCAGAAAGGAGAUAGUAAUAGUGUUGAAUGUUAAUUUUGAAGUAGGGAAUGGCCUUUAAAUCUGAGAGAGAACAUUUGAAUCUUUUUCAGGGAUGUGUGUGUGUGUGUGUGUGUGUGUGUGUGUGUGUGUAGGUAUGUAUACAUAUACAUGCACUCUUCUAAUGUACAUACAUAUACACAUUACAUACAUUUUAAUUUAUUGACAAAAUCAAAUUAAGAUUUGGAAAAGUGAGAUAUUCUUGUCUAAAACAGUAUGUUUGAAAUCUUCAAUUUGUGUCUGAAAUUAGCUGUAAUGCAUGGAUAUUGCCCAUAUUGAGUUAUUUACUAUUUGAAUUAUAGAGGUCUACAGUAUUUGUUGGCAUAGUUUCUGUAGAGAGAUUUAAAGAUAUCAGGGUGGUGGAAAAACUAGAUCUUCAUACUUUUGUUUUGGCAUACAUUUAUUCAGUAUCUUCUAAGCAAUGUUUAUUUUCACUGUUGAGCUGUCAUAGUAUCCUAUUUUUAAGUUUAUUUACUUUAUUUUAAGGACUAUUGUCUUAAUCACUUUUGGAGGUGUCUUGACUUGUACACAAAGUAUAUAUAUUCAGGUCUUCAAAAAAUAGCAGUACACGUUCAGCAAUAGCAAUGUAUGCCAAAAAGUUUGAGAUUUAAAUAACUUGCAUAGCAGUAAAAUGUGUUUUAUGUGAGAUACAAAUAGAAAAAUGACCCAGUAUCUUAAUAUCUUAAUCAAUAACUUACUGAAGAAUAUCAGAAUUCCCCAGUAACUCCGAUAGAAUGCCAUAUAGUCUUUAAAAGUAAAUAUUAUGAUGUUAUUUUUCGUAAUGUUUCUUAUUCUGUAGUUAAAAGUUGCAGAUCUCACAAUUUUUAGAGACAUAAUUUCUGCCUGCCUAAUUCCUUAAGGGAGCAAUGUCUUAUUUGGCUCCACCUAGGAUGGUGAUCAUUGGUUCUGCUUCAGAUGAUAAAGAGAUAACUCUCAUAAAUGUCAUUAGGCAGUGGAAUUUAUAUAAUGAAUAUAUUAUCAUGUAAUUUUUGGUCCCACUAAAUAUUUUUGGGCAGAAGGUGACAAGCUCAAAAGUAUGUGUUUUUCCCCCCCCUUGAGUCACUUAAAAGCCCUAAGUUUGCCAAACUAUCAAUCUAUCUCUUAGAAAACCUAAUGUGUACUGCUAUUUUUAAACCAAAAAGACAGCAUGACUAUGCGUAAAAGCAUUUUUCUUAGCCUUUCGUCUUGAUCAGUCGUUAACAAGAAUAAAACUGCCAGACUUAAAAUAUUCUAUUGUGCUAAAAAAAUACAAUUUAGAUUGCACAGAAGUUUUCCUUUAAAGAAAAUAGAACUCAGCUGUCCUUCAAAAGAGCUGUGUUGUUAUCUACAAGACUAUUUGCAGUCUUUUUUCACAGCAAAUUCUAACAGUUAUGAAUGGUUUAAAGAGUAGAAAAUUACUAAAAUAUUAGUGGGGGGUUUUAUAGAGGGAAGAAAACAAAACAGGACCAAAGUUUAUGUGCCUUCUUCAGUAGUCUUAAUUGACCUUUUCUUCCUAUUUGAGACUAAGGUAGUUAUCAGUAUUCUGGUUUUCAGGAAAUAUGUACUAUAAAGUUUUAAAAGAAUGUUAUCUCACAGACUAUUCAUACAAGCAAAGAAUUGUAACUGUAGAAAUGAGGUUUCAGUUACACUUCUGCCUUUAUCACAUGAUAUUCAUUAUAUAGCAUUGUGCAGGUCCAAGAAUGAGCCGCUCUAAAUCUCUGUGGUCGUCAUUUUUGUUUUUGUAACCUGAGGCAUAUGUUCCAGAAAACAGGGAUAUUUGUCUGGUCCAGUGACCUUGGUGAUAACAGUCAUGAUCGAAAGCUGCUUAUAGCAAGCUUAAGUCAGCACUGUAAACAGAUUUUGUUUUUGUUGUUGUUAUUUUCAGUUUUUGAAUCUAUGUAGUAGUUGUAUUAACAAAUAUUUAAAUAGAUAUUUUUGAUGUCAUUUAAAAAACAAAACAUGCUCUGGCCUUUUCCCCCCUUACCAUUGUUACCCAGAUCUUUUAAAAAUUCAUCCCAUAUCCAGAAAGUACUAAUUAUAGAUUGCUGACCAAGCAAAGUUUUGCAUCAAAAUGUCACCUCAUUGCUCUGACCAAAGACUUAACUGUUCUGGUUUUAACUCCUCUCAUUAAGCAUUUUUUCCCAAGCUCCUUUCUGCAAGAAGACCCAGUGCAAAGCGGCCUUUACUUUCUACUUCCUAUUGGUGAAUAGACUACUUAGAGAAAAUGGGAGUAUAAAUGUGAACAGAAUGGAUUAGGAUGACAAGGGUUUGAUGGGCAUUUUCAGUACUGUAUUUAAGAAAAAAAAAAAUAGCACAGCUAGGAGCCUCUGACAUUGUCUUGUGUUUUAUGUGGUCUGUUCAUAAAAUUCCCUUUUUCAGUUUAUAAGAAUGUUCAUCUAACAGAAGAAGAUGCUGUAAAUAUUUGUAACAACAUUUUUUUUAACCAGGCCAAAAAAGAAAAAAAAAAAAAGGUUUUUGGGAACAAGUUAACAUAUAAAGUGGUUUUAUAUAAAACAUCAAUUGUCUUGUAUAUUUUGAUAAGCAGCAGUACCAGCUUUCAUUUGUAACACAGUUUGUGGCGUUGGAAGAAGAGGAUUCUGUGAUUAAGUGAAUUAUGUUAUAAAUGCAAAGAGAAGAUAAAAUAUUAAAAAACAUAUUUUCUAAA